AUGACUAAUAGCGAUUCUGCUGCGUUGGAGCAGACUCUAAGCUCUUUCUUGGGCUACCGAGAAUAUGCAUUGGAUACCUAUUGGCGCCCCAGGUUCAAGCGGUGGCAAAGUUUGACCGAAUAUCAGCAGCAGUUAAUCCCCUGGUAUGCUGACUAUCUAGAUCAGGUGCACGAAGCUGUGAUAUGUAAUGCUGUGUUUUACGAAGAGAUGCUUUCGCAGGCCGUAAUUGACUGGGAGAUUGACAAAAGUCCCAUGCAGUGGUCGAAGCCUACCAUUACUGACAUGGAGAAAACAGUGUCCAUUUUCUCCCAACUAGUAAGGGAAUGGUCCCAAGAGUGCAAUCAUGAACGAUUAGUGCUGCUUAAGCGAUUAGAAAGUUUCUUUAAUUCUACAUACCCAAAGAGUAUCCGAUCAAACGUCAACGUAUUAGUUCCUGGCGCAGGUCUUGGUAGACUAGUUGUGGAUAUUGUCAAGUUAGGUUUUAAUACUGAAGGAAACGAACUAUCGUAUCACAUGCUCCUUAUAUCUCGCUACUUGCUUAAUGGGGGGUUGCAGAAGAAUCAACUUACGAUCUACCCCUUUAUUCAUAUAUUUGGCAACCACCUAAACCGCGAGUCACAACUUACAGGUGUCAAUAUACCUGAUGUUUCUGUUGCUGAUGAGCUCGGCGGUAACAACUUAAUGUCGAUGUCAGCGGGGUCGUUUGUCGAUAUUUACGGUCCGAACAUACAUAUAAAACAAUCGGGAUACUACUCAAACACACCUGAAAUGAGGCUUCAGAGGGGUACUAACUCUAAAUCUAAGGACGUUGUGAUCACCUGUUUUUUUAUAGACACUGCGAAUAACAUCCUGGACUAUAUCGAGACCAUUCACAAUGUUUUGAAGCCUGGCGGCUAUUGGAUAAACUUUGGUCCAUUACUAUACCACUUUGAAAAUGAUGUCCACGAAGAACAGACUUGCGAAUUUGAUAGCCUCACAGGUGCUAUAUCCAAUGUGCGCCUCGAACCAGUUAAGGGACUGGAACUCAGCUUGGAGGAUAUCCUACUUGUUUCAACUACGAAAUUUGGCUUUAUAAUAAUAGACCAGGAGAUACGAAUUGAAAGCGGCUACGGCAAAGCCAAUAGUAGGAGUACAUCGGAUUCAAAGUACCAAUGCAAUUACUGGAUCAUGCGAAAGUAG